GCAAUAACACAGAUCCAUCUAUCGCUUGCCAUGUAGCGAGCCGAUGAACUGGCUGGCCCAACCAAGACAAGUCGAGCGACCCGUAGACAGACGAUUACUAAAUCAGAAGACGACCUUCGUCACUGAUCUUCGCACCUAUAGGAAUAGAGAUGCCGGAGUGAAAGUCACUUCCGAGAUAUUCAGUCGGUCAGUUGAAAUGGCUUGCGUGGGAGUGCGACUAGGAAAAUGAAAGAAUAGCUAAGAAACAUAUGCCGCGAAGACACACUCUGUAAAUAGAGGAAUAUAGCUGAUGCUCCAACUGUCAACUAGUUGCAAAUAAGUUGGAUACAACAAAGCUGCAUGGGGCACUUGUAGUAGGGCGAAGCCGGACGAACAAGAAAGACUCGGUCAGACAAAGUGCUAUGAUGAAUAACCUGGUAGUAGAACUAGGAGAACUUUUGUCUGAUCGUUUCGUAUAAUGUUGUACAGUUUUAGGUAGAUCACAUUUAGAGAUUAGUCUAUUAUAACUAUAGCUACUAGACGAUAAAGAGGAAGCGGAGCUGUGAAUUAUGUUAGCAUAUUCGUAUCCAGCAUUCGCGGUGUAGACCCAUAGAAGUUUGUGGUGCAGCAUAUGUGCGGUCUAUGCUAUAAUUUUUUAAUUAAAGCGCAAUCUCUCCUCUAUUCAUCGACUGUGUAGAACUGCAAAAAAAGUAAGUGCGAUCCUUAUUCGUUGCUUAAAGAGAAUCGUAGACAAGAGCAGUACCUAGCCGCCUAGCAACUAUGAGAGAUGUAAACCUUCUUCUUUUUUUAAUCAGCGAUGCUCUUCUUACCAACGCAAUUACAACUCUGGAGAACAUUAAUAGAUUAGUAUUUGUUAAGCGGAAGUGUAGUAACAGUUUUUUUACAAACGGAGCUGACCAAUAGUAAACUGACUAUUUCAGCCACGUUUUACUGUUUAAUCUAUGUAGUUGCUUGUAGUAGCUUCAUUGAUAGAUUGGCGCUAGACGGUCUGAAGUCAAAUAUCGGGAAGUCGUGAUCGGAGACAAGCGUGUAACUCGUCUGAGCGAAACGCAUUGCUAACUUCAUGCACUGGCUAUGUUUAAUUCAACUUAUACAAAGCCGCUUGCUCAGAAAUCGACUAUUUGAAGUAGUCACGAGCAACCGGGUAAAUACGGCAACAACUAAAUCAAAUAAGUUAGUGGCCGGUUUUAUAACUAAAAUGAACCAGUAAUAAUAGCAGAUACAAACCAACGCUACACGAAAAGGUAGCAUUAGUUUUAAGUUAAGCCAUUUAAUGACUAGUUUAUCUCCUCAUAAUCGUGAAAGUCAUUAUUUAUGAUGUCAUGAUAUUGAUGUUGAUGAUUAUAUUGUGAAAGUCUGCGAUCGCUCCCCCAUUCGAUAGUAUAUUGUCUUAUUGCCGCCGGUUGCCCUCCUCAGUAUGACCCUGUGCCGCCCCUGUACUCUCAUGCCCAGGUGAGUUUCUCGAAGCCCAUACCAGAGGGCGUCCGUGUCGCUCCGCCUUUCCUAGGAUCCAUCGAUUGUAAAUAGUUUCCGCUUUUGGCAGCCGUCGUCUGCCCCUACUGUCUUCUAUGCGCUGCUUGUUUUGUAAAGAAGGGGGACAGCAGCAAGAAUAGUAGCGGUGAUUUGACUCUUUCUGUGUGUGUGUGUGUGGGUGUGUGUGUGUGUGUGCUGAGCGUGAAUCCCUCUGACGACAGCAGUAGCACCAAGGCUGCCGCCGAUAUUUGCCAAAGUGCUCAGUGUCCGUGUCUAUGUAUAUUCGUAGUCCGGGUCCGUUAUUGUUGCCGUUGUACAUGAGAUACUCUUCCGCUUAUACUGGGUGGUGACUGAGCGUUACGGCCGGGAAAUGCUUGUCAGCUCGCUUGGAUAACACGUUGCGGUGGUUCGGGCACGCUUUGGUGUCGACGGCAAGGACGACAUGCUAAACUCUUCACUGAGGGCCCGUACGGCCCCCACAUCCGCUGCUCUAAACCAGUUAUCGGCUCCUGCACCGAACGUGGUGAUUGAAGAAAAUGAAGAAGUGCGGCCCCAACGUAGAAAACUUGCUCAGUGCUUAAGGGAAGACGCUCACUUUAGAUGCCUUCUACUUACGCUUAUACAGUUGGCGUGCCUGACAGCAAUUGCAUGGUGCCGUUUGUGGGUUGUCAAACGCUAUGUCAUUGACUACAAGCAGAUUCCAAUUAGGCGCCAGGUUCUGGCAUCACCAUGUGGUGAAGCUCAGGUCUAUCUGCCUCUCGCCGUAUUCGCACUAGCUUAUAUCGCCUACCUCAUCGAGUGUUACCAUUGCGCCACUAGACUACAACUGCUUUACAAGGUGAGCUCGAGUGCUGUUUACGCCUACAUGAACCAGAUGCGGGAGGCGCAGCCUAUUAUCUGGUGGAAGGCAACGUGUUACCAUUACGUCCGCCGGAACCGACAGGUGAUACGUUAUCGAAAUGGAGAGGCAUAUGCAACAAGUCAGACGUACUAUGAACGUGUGAACACUCACACCUGCGGAUCCUGUUUCUCCUACCAGGGCGUGAGAGACAUAAGCAAACGACUCGUUGGUUUGGAAGAGCAUCCAACGACAAAGAUUAGAUUGGGCAAGGGGUUUGCCUUUGCGUCAGUCGCCUCCGCGCAAGAUUUCGAAGAGCAACGAGCACGCUUUUUUGGAGAGCAGGGAAGACUGGACGAUUACGUAGAAAUGCGCGAGGGACUGGAUCUAGCAGGAUGCAAUUUCGAGGAAUAUAUCGUAGCGUUCGCAGACCGUCUUCCAUGGUACGUGAGCCAGACAGGGUUCUGGCUUUUGUCAUUGGCCUUACUAUCGUGGCCACUACGUCUCUUUAUUGAAUAUCGCACUGCGCACGUCCACGUCCAAUUGACGAAGCUGUUUGGGGAUCCUCAUCAGCCCUUGCUCUCAUCGGCAAGUAAUCCGUCAAUGACGACAUGUUUAAAUUCGCCCGACACAAUCGACAAUCCCACACUUGAGCCAAUGUCCUACUCGGAAGCGUUGCUGUACCCUGACCUUUCCGAGCUAGCCGGCCGCGUGGACCUAACUCAGGCGACGAAUUUAGUCAAUAAUCUUGGAGGUAAUAACCAUGUUACAGCUCAUGAUUUGCAGGAGGCUGAUACACAGUCUAAUGUCAAAAGUAAUUCGCUCGGCGGACGCCGCUCUUGGGGAGGCUACCCUAGUCCCACUGCUUCAUCGCAUCAGAUCUUAUAUUACGAACUUCCUUCCCCGCCUUCGUACCUGGAUGCUAUCUCUUCGGACGGAGUCCCAUUGGCUCCUCCUCUAAAUGGCUCUGGUGGAUCUCUUACUACGGGAGCCUUUGGUUUACUCCGACGCUCUAUAACGGACAGGGACCUAGUCAGCCGCAUUUUCAGCUCCAGCUCAUUGUUAGACGACGUUACGAGAUCUCAUCAUUGGAGUCCCGAGACGCCCCUUUAACCAAUAAUAUCCUGUAUGGAUUGCACCACUAUCAAGGGACGCUCGACUAUCUAAUCGUACAUGCUCGUCCCCCCAUAAGGUUAUAUGCGAUACAAAAAAAUAGCAUAGGCGAGCUUACCCCAGACAUCUAAAACUGGAACCAAAUGGGUGGUACGAUUACCUUACUUUCGUGCAGUGGCCAACCAGUGUAUUUGAACUCGGGUUUCAACGCCUAUUUAUUUUUUAUGGGGUAGCGAGCAUUACGCACGCUAUCAGGAAAAUGCUCUGCAUAAAUUGUUUAUAGUAUUGGGCUUCUCAUUCAAGCACAUCGUUGUCUCAAAACCACUUAAUAGUAUUUAUUAUAAAGGCAUGCUAGAAUAAACGUGAUGAUAAGCCCGAUAAAAGUUGCUUUAUAUUCUUUAUAUACUUUUAUAUAGUUCCGUUAAUCGCAGGAACGAAUUUUCCCUAUAACUCAAAAAUUUUUCCACAUUCUAACUAAAAAAAAUCAUGCGCUAAAGUUGGGCCACGUCUUUACUUCUAGAAGUUUAUUUAUACUGGGGCCACACUUGGCGAGUUAGACCCGAACAUUCAAGGGAUCUGACCUGAAUCUUUUUCUUUUACCUGACAAAGAUCUACUGUCAGUUCGUACACUGGUCCGCCGCAAGCUCCACUGAUCUUGUGAUAUAAUAAAAAUAUUUAUAUACCUACAAACAUAUAUACACGAACGGCUGAACCUAGUAAAACCAGCGAGAUGACUUCUCAAAGGUUAUACCUAAUAGUAAACCAAAAAUGAAUAAAAUAUGAACUAUGGCAUUCAUGGAGACGACAUUAAGUAUUGCAGGGAAGGCCACGGCAAAAAUUUUAUAGUAUGAUUUAAAGAAUUUUCUAAUUAUAGGACCCUGUUUGUGGCUUUCAGAAUGGCAACAUUAGGUCAAAUAAAUUAAAAAUAGUAGGCUUCUUCGAAAUUUAAGCAGCACAUAUUCGCUAAAAUACAUAAUUUUAACGAUCUAAAUUCAAUGUUAUAACCUAAUGUAUAAUGCUGUUGACGCUAAAUAAUACAUAUAUACAGAAAAAGAAGCACAUAUAGAGGAAAUAAAGAAAAAGGCUACCACCGCUUAUAGUAGUGAUGGACAAGUACGCCAAGUAACAUUAGCAGACGCGCGAUCAAUUCAUUAUUUAUGAAAAAAACUAUUGCAGUAGAGUUUCUCCGAUUUACAGUCAAUUGUUCGAUAUAUACACACGUACCUAAACGUAAACAAUGCACAGACAAGCAGCAUACAAUAUCAAGCCAUAAAGACGCAAGCUGAGAAUUACUUCGAGAAGCGGAUAGACGCAGGAAGACCAUGAUAAAACUUCAAAAAUGUAAACAGUAAAGAUGUAGAAUUAAUCUGCUAAGGCAACUGCUAUUGCUGUCAUUAGAAAUAAUCCGUCAGUAUGAAUGAAAAAGGAAAAAACUGUAAGAAAAUUGCAGUUAGGGCCAAAACAAAGGACGGAAUUGCAUAGACAGAUUGCAUCGGUUGCCUUGCCAGGGAUUGCCACCGAGUACCUACAGAAAAUCCGCCCAACUGCUUUGCCCUUUCUUGUCCUUUUUGGCUUUCGAUAUAAUCACAAUAAUUCCAAUAGCAAUGUAUAAUUCAAUACUGAGAAUAGUAGUACUAACAAUAAACAUGUUAGUGCAACGAUGGUAUUGCUGAUAAUACAGCACUUUUGAAUUGAAAACGUCAAAAAUAAGCUAAACACUACGCAGUAAUAAUGUAAUAUGUCAAAAAAAUUGAUCCAUCGUUGCUGCUGGUGAGAUGAGUGAAGUUCUGAUUGUUCUGACUGUGACCAAAUGGCCGAUACAGGAAGUGGGAAUAUACGUAUUCAACCCCCCCCCCCCCCCAACGGAAAUUAAUAAAACUGUUGGCCUUUUUCGAUGUUAGGUCUUACUAAGCUGCUUACAGCCUUUUACAAGGUACAGAUUUAGAAAUCAACACACCAAUUUCCUAACAGGCAAAAAUCAUGAUCCAAUUUUUCUAUACUUUACCUAGAAUUCGUUGAAACCUAUGAUACAAUUCUCCCCAAUGCAAUAGACAGCUUUUUAUCAUUGUCUGCGUGCACUUACUAUACAUUUUUGGGCAUAUAUUUAAAGUACAACAAUUGAGUACGUUGAAGUAAACAAAGAAUUCUUCAUCUAAAUCCGAUUGAGAUUUUAUCCUUAGCGACGAUCCAAUUAUAAAGCAUUACCUCUAUAAAAUGGCUGUUGGCAAUACCGUCAGUAGUGCUAGCAAAUAAAACAAACGAAUUGCAUUCCGAUUAGGAGGGUGUUAACGUUGAAUAAGAAACGUGUCUGUUUAAACUCAGAAAGUUGGCCUGAGUGCCGCACCUAUCGUGUGUGACCGUCGUCGAUACUCGAGAACUUCCUAUUGUAUCGUACCGUACCCACCUCAACGAUAGGUAACGGCUUUUCAGGAACCACUCUAAAUACGCUUGUUAGCUUUCCGCAACAAAACGUGUCACAUAAAAGUAUGAUACAGGCCAUUGAUCACUUAUGACGCAUUCAAUAAUGCAUAGCGGAUAUUGACGAUCAAUCAUAAUAUAUCUAUAAUAACUCCUGUAUAUAAUUUAUCCACAUGUAAACGACCGUAUCUAUGAUACUGUCGGCCUACAGUAUAAUGAAAUAAUAGGAUAACAUGUUGUUAAAUGUGGAACAAAAACAUAUGGAAACAAGUUCCGUUAGUCAACGUGCUUAACAUAAUUAAUAAUGGAAAUUAGAAAAAUCAUUACAUUAUUAUUAUUAUUACAAGUUACAUGGAGUGGAUCAGCUCUAUAUUCAUUAGCACAAACCGUAACGCUUAUAAGCAUGUAAAGUAAAUGUAUAUAUAUAUAUCAAACUGUUAUAAUCGAAACACAAUGGGGUUGAGGUUCUAUAAUGCUAAGCUUUGGGUAAGUUGUUGCUACUACCGCCCCCAUUAUCAGAAACAACUUGAAUUAUGAUAGCAUUACGGCGAGUGCAGACUCGCAUACACACAGAUUGUAGACUGCCGUUAAUAGGGAUGCUACUAAGACUCACAUACAGUUAUAAUAGCGAUUUUAGAGGGACUUGCUUCACUUUAAUUUUUAUUAAAUCAAACGUUGUGAGAGCUCGAAAGUCUCAGAUAUAAGACCAAAAUAGAAAACACUAUUACAGGUAUGAUCAUUUUACUCAAAAUGAGACUUGAUCCUGCUAAGAACGUCGAUUAUACUGAACUGUAGAGUAAGUUAAUGAAAAUAAAGUUAUAUAGCAAUAAGCUUCACAAUGACAAUAAAAGUUUCUAUGUUGCACACACAACAUUGAAACCUAGUAAAAUUAACUGAAUUUCAAAAUGAUAGAAUCUCUCGUUUUCGAUCUCAUCUCAAACAGUUCUGCGAAUUUUUGCGAAGCUUGUCUUAAUUGUUGUAUCAUUAUUACUAGCUCGUUCGAAGUAUUACGGGUUGAAUGCUAGCGAAACCAAUCAAUAGCGUAGAAAAUUAGCUACUCGCUUGUCAACUAUUAAUUUAACAAACACUGUUAAAUACUGAAAGAGUCUAUCUACUAAUGUUGGCUUUAUCACGGCUUUGAACGCGCUAGCCAGAUACGACAAAAAAGAUGUCAAUAAAAUCUCUAUCGAAUCCCAGACGAAUUUUGCGCUCUUUUCGAUUACAACAAAACACAACACAAGCUGUCUGUUGUUUCGAAGUAGUCCAGAGUUCAGGCGUUGCAAGUACCACAGUAUUUAAACACAGUCCUCGCGGGUCGAGAGGGACAAUUCUUUUCACAUCCGCAGAAAUUUGGUCAUCAUUAUCCAAGACAUCGAUCACAUCAAGAAAAGAUGACCUGAAUAAGAAGCGAGAGAUCGCCUACAAAAAAAUACACAUGCACGUAGUGCAUCCGUAGUUUUUUGUACGUAGUAAGCCGGACCAAAAUAUGCACCUUUUUAUGGCGAUGAUGUUUAGUGCCUUACAAAUAGCAUACCUUUCAUUUGGCUAUCAAAUGUAUUCAGAACUGAUCCCCCAGUACUCGAAAAAAUUAGGAAUCCUCACACACAUACUGAACCCACUGAUGCUCUCUGAAAAUUACCUUCUGGCUGUAAGCUACAACCAACGUAGCAUGCGGGUGCACGGUACGUAUUGGCUGUGAUGUAUCACGAACGACCCCACCAACAUACCGUACUUGACCUGUUCUUGGUGGAGGUGGCAUUCUGUAGCGAGAGUCUCAGCGUAUUGUCUUGACUGCUUUUAAUGGGUCUGUUCAAACUCUGCCCGAGAAACCUAUCACUGCCUAUGAAAAAUCUUGAUCGCGCUGUACGAGCGUAACUUUCGGAGCGAAGGCGUGACAAAAGAGAGAACGGCCGAACUAAUAUCAUGACUGACUUUUGAAUCUCUUCAUCUGGCUUACAGUCAAGAGUAACAACUAACCUCGUUGCGAGUUAGCAUGAUUUUCUUUGAUAAUGUUUCUCAAGCUUUGAGCUUGCUUUCCAACACCUUGUAUCUUAAAGUUGAAAAGGAAAGUGGGCAACAAGAUUCACCUUCAUUAUCCUUAUUCGAAAACGAGAUAAGCGAUCAGCCAGUUUACAAGAAGUUCUCUGCUGGCAUCGUUGUGGAAAAUCCGUAAUUGAUGUACCAAAUUCGGGGAAACGUCCCACAGGCCCUUAUAUUUUGUACGCGUCCAGAUAGCAAAGACCUUUCCGCGCAUACGUUUGUUACCCUGCAAAAUGGCCACCGGUUGUGGCUUCCUCGUAAUGUUGCUAGCAUCAAACAAAGAUGCUAGCAAACCAUCUCUGGUUAACUGAGCUAGUUCAUUUCGUAGUUGGGUCAACCCCUGCCGGGGAAAAUAGGAAAUUCGUACAUUUAUUUGAUUGGACAGCACCACCACGAUCUUGACGCCUUCCUGUUUGCAAAGUAUUUACCAGGAAUCGAGCACUGCACGAGAUCAACCGGAAUACAGUACCAAAAAAAAGUAUCUGCCUUAAACCUUCGAUGCGGUACCUAUCACCUCUCAGUCUCAUUGAUUCAGGUUAGAAAGUACAGUUGUGUAUUAGUCGCUAUUAAAUCAGAAUGCUUCACGUAUCGGUUGGUCUCCAAAGGCAGGUAACACAAAGCAGAAUAUGGUAAAAUGUCUAUUUUAAGUUACGCUUAUUGUUUGCUUCUUAUAGCUGAAUUUCUUGCGAUUCGUGAGGCUUACUAACGGUCUUUAUUCGCCAGUUCUACAUGUGAAAUGAUCUUCACAGCUAAUGGUCGUAAAGACAGGUCGGGUCAGUUGAAAACGUGAAGGGCAACAACCGUGAGGCAAACAUGGUAUUGCACUCGGAGCUAAACUGAGCUACAUUGGAAUACGCAUGUUGGAUAUAAACUGUUUAAUAAUACUUGAAAGCGAAGUCACACUUAACAGUUACUAAAGCUUGAAUGACUGUAUAAAACGUACGAGUGCAUAAGAUCUGCAAUACUCCUAACACCAACCAAUACGUCACUAAUUGCAAUACCUUGUGAUUAUAUUCUACUUCUUCUAAGUUAAGCUUAUGUAUUAUGCAGUCACGAGAAAAUCUCCAAUGCUGACCAACGUUACCUAAGCUAUAACGAAUGUCAUAUAACGAGAUGCACGAACGAACCGAUGCCUGGAAUAAACCCAUAACAAUAUUACACCAAGAGUCUGCCUUUCAUAGCUCGUUGACCAAAAUAAUGCAGCACUGCUGAAAAGAACCACACACGCCCAGUUGGGAUUCGAAGAAAUUGCGUUUAAUUAAUGAUAAAAAAAGGAUCGGGAUUGUGGUACACAACCUGGCAAAUUACGUACCAGGCAGUGGUACCCUCCCGCUUGGCCGCGUCUUCUUGAACGACGUAGGGCUAUAGGUUCAUAGUUCCUGUUCAAGAAUCUGCCCGUACGUUUGUCCUGAACGAUAUUCUUUUAAGCGACGCAGUUUGGCAGGUUAGGAAUUCGCUCAAAAUUUCACUUAUAAUCUCGAACACAUACGCACUGUGACCAAUGCCACCACACAAGACAACUCAUCACAAUUUGACGCCACCGUCGACUAAACGGCGCUUCUACGUAUAUCCGCCUCUACUUAGGACGGGAAUAGUAGGAAAAAUAAAUACUACAUGUUCAGUUAGCUGUUGGAAACAGAUAAGUCCGAUGAAACAAAAUAACGCUAGUACCAGCAACAACAUAACAUCAAUUACAUACGGUUACUUCGUGUUCCCUAGUUAUAAAACUAGGUUGCAGAGCCAUGCGGUCUCUCAGCAUCAGCGUAUGCAAAAAAACAUACCUUACUUACGAUCAUAUUAAAGUUACCGCCAAUGUUAUUACCUAAAAAUCUAAUUAGUACUAAUACCUUAGGUUCAUCGGGUAAUCCUAUUUUUAAAUACAGUGCAAAUGCCAUGUUGAUGCUGUCAUCCCUUUUCCGAAGGACCCCGUUGCAACGCAUUCGUUGCAAAAGUAUCGCUUACCUUCUGCCAAAACAAACCCUCAAAGGCUAACUUGUAUCACCGAAUGCGGCCGUUUAUCUUGUCCGACUUGGCCGCGAUUUUUGCAACGACAGUUGCCAAUGGAUGAUUUCACUGCAUUUCGAUUACGAGCUCUUGUAGUUGCUCCUAACGGCUUCCAGUGGAUACGUUCUAGCUCCCACGUGCAUCGUGGUUAAACAAAUGACGCUUAACUCCUCUGUCCCGUUAAUAGAUAAGCGAAUCUAUGAGUCGAAGUUGAGCCACAGCUCGCCGGAUGACGGACGCAGGCUUCAUAUGCGAUAUACUUAAAGAUGGUGACAUCUAGUUAUAAGCUAGUACUGAAUCGGGUCCUUAAGGAUAACAAACGUCAUAAUUUUAAUUCACUCUCAGAAAAAAAUCUUGUAGCAACAUGCAGUAAAAGCCAUUCAACAUAAUUUGAUGGCUGUUCAAACGCUUAUCCUUGUGGUCGAUAUUUUAUUUUAGCUUGAUGACAACGGCUUUAAGGGUAAUCUGAAAUAAUCUGAGUUUUCCAGGUGAUACACACGGUCUGGAACGUGAUUGUCUGCUCUGUCAUAACUGUUCCCUUUUAUAGUCUAACCUCGGCGCAAAAAAAUCUGCUGUUUAAGCAGUUCGUGAACCUGUUACUCGAAAACAAUUGAUUAGGAUCGUAAACAAUGGAGGAUUACCUGCGUGAGGUGUUGAGCCUUUGUUAGCAUCAAUGAAGUUUCGA